AUGUUUGCGCACAGAGCCAGCUUUCAGGGAGAAGGGGCGCUGCUGCGACUUACAAACACCAACGUCCGCUACCACAUCCGCCAUCAGCUUCGAGACGGUUGGGUGCGGGAGAUCCUCUGCCGGCGAGCUGUUGAAGCUGGUGCUGCCGUGUCUGAUGGUUUGCGCAAGAGUGUCUUGAAUGCGUCCAUUGAGACGCUGAUUGCAACCAAUUGGGCUUGGUACGAGCCACUGAUGUUUGCAAGGCGCCGGGCACAGAUGGAAGCUGCAGGAGACAGGCAGGAUAUCCUGGCUAUUGACGGGAACUGCAAGCUCCACAGACGCACGUGUGGAAUGCCUUUUGCAGAAGCUGCAGCGCAAUGCCCCAUGGUCGAGACACUCUUUGCUGCAAGCAUGCAGGUGACAGGGACCGCCCACAACAGCCAAGGGCAGGGGAGACAUCGGCUCAAGAGAGCGCUUCACAGUCAGGGAGAUGCGUGUCACCUGGAAAUCCAAAUGCAAGGCCAUGGUGGCUGGCAGCCGGCGUGCACAGUCAAAGAGGAGGCCUUGGCCAAGAUGUCCAUGCGGCAAGCAAGGACUGCUGGAUUUUUGUUUGCUGUCACAGAGUCUGGCCUCCUGCUGGACGUGAUGGAGCUUAUCGGAGCUGAGUCCCUCUCGCAGCGUUACCACUUCACUGCGCAAUGUGCGCACAGACUGCCUUCGUUGAGAUGCAUCGUUCACGAUGACAGCUGCCACCUGAAAGCCAUGUGCCUGCGGCAGCGUGAGGGUUCUCCGCUCGCAGAAAGAUUGGCCAACUUUGAGCGGUUGGCCCUGCAAGAGCUAGCAGAUGUCCACAACCUUGUCCGACUUCAAGCGCUGCAGGACAAGAUGCGGGGCGCAGAGAAGAAGCGCAGGCGAGAAAGUGCAGCUGAGGCUGCUGGUAGGUGA